AAGUCUCCUAAUUCUUUCCUCCUCUUCUUCAACCCUCAAACGUUUCUCACACACACAGCAUCAAUUCAUCAACCAUGUCCGACGAAGAGCACCAAUUCGAAGCCGCCGCCGAUGCCGGUGCCUCCAAGACCUACCCUCAGCAGGCCGGUACCAUUCGCAAGAACGGGUACAUCGUCAUCAAAGGCAGGCCAUGCAAGGUUGUUGAAGUUUCUACUUCAAAAACAGGAAAGCAUGGACAUGCAAAGUGUCACUUUGUUGCCAUUGAUAUUUUCAAUGGGAAAAAGCUUGAAGAUAUUGUUCCUUCAUCUCACAAUUGUGAUGUUCCCCAUGUGAACCGUACCGACUAUCAGCUGAUUGAUAUUUCUGAAGAUGGCUUUGUGAGUCUGUUGACUGAUAAUGGAAGUACCAAGGAUGAUUUGAAACUUCCCACUGAUGAUGCACUUCUUACUCAGAUUAAGGAUGGAUUUGCUGAAGGAAAAGAUCUUGUGGUUUCUGUCAUGUCUGCAAUGGGAGAAGAGCAGAUCUGUUCUUUGAAGGACAUAAGCAAGACCUAGUUUGCUUUAGUAAUAUUCUGGCUGUUGGGUGAUAGCGCAUAUUUUAUUCUUAUGUUGCUAACCGGUAGUAAUUUUUCAUAUGCAUGUGUGCGCAAUAAACUUGAAAAAAUGGAAGCUGCCUUGAGCUUGAGGCUGGAAAUAGGAACUUUAUUUAUCUUUGUGUCUUUAAGUUAUUAAACCCUGCAGUUUUGGCUGGUUGAAUUUGUCAUAAAUGUACCUUAUAACUUUAUGCUUUUAUUGAGUUUAAUAUUGAACCUUA